AUGCCAGCGCCACGCAGUGCGGUGCAGGGGCUCCACAAGGCGGAGGUCUCACAACUACUCCAAGAGUUUGGCCUGCCCCACAGCCCGGCCUGGAGCGUGGGCGAGCCGAAGCAGAUCCUGAAGGAGAACAUUUUCCCGAAGACAGAGACGGCCGCGCAGAUCGAGAUGAAGGGCAUGACAAACCCUUCGCUAAAACUCUCGAUCCGCAAGGCGAUUCUCCAGAAGCGCCCGCCGGAGCCGACCGACUACAUGGGCUUCGGGAAGCACGGCGCGCUGACGUACCAGCAGGUCCUGAGGCGGUACCCUUCCUACGCGGCCUGGUGCCAGGCAGAGGGGAACGCUGGGGGCAGCUGGGAGCUGGCCAGGUUUGUCUCGCGGCUCAACGAGCAGGAGGUAGUCCACGUGAGGGAUGAGAUGACCAGGGACCCUGGGGAGGCCCCGAUGGAGCCUCAGAAGGCUCGAGGGGGCGCGAGGUCAUCCCGCCGAAGGACGACGGACGUGAUGAUGGAGGACGAGCUCGAGGAGCAGGAGAGGCUGGAGGCCGCAGCUGAGGAGGAUAAGAACGCGAACCAGUUCAUCCAGCAGCAGAUGCUGACCGCCCUGAGCCAGCUCAGCCAACGACUGGAGAAGCUCGAGGGUCACGACCAGGUGGCGCAAGGGAAGCACGCGCACUGGGAGUGGCCCAUCAAGUGCGAGGGCUGGGGCCACAGGAUGAUCAGGCAAAUGAUCGAAGACUGCUCGAUGACAGUGGUCAAGGUAGCCGGGUGCCAACUCGGGGUGAAGAACGAGAAGGGCCAGCCCCUGCUCAAGGAGUGGCUGAUCGCCGCGACAUCCCCGAAGAGGGCGGCCAGGAUGGCCAUGGAGUGUCCCGGGGACCACAAGCACGGCGAGCUCGCGGGAGGCAGCCUCGCGGCGGCCACGAGCUACUACACGGACGAGUUCGCGAAGAGGGCAGUCUGGGCGAUGAUCGAGGAGGUUUCCCCAGACUACCGCGAGUUCUUGAGGUGCCUGGCGGAGCCCGAGGUGCCGGAGGGACAGGCGCUGGCCGCUGGGAGAGAAGAGACGUCAGCGGGCGCAGACCCGAACUCGAAGGAGCACCCGCAGAUCAUCCGAUGGCUGGCAUCCGUGCACCGAGGAUCAGGCCACAGCUCCAAGACCGCUAUGCUGAACGCACUCAGGCGGAAGGGGGCGAGCCAGCCGGUGCUGCAGGUGGCCCAGGUUCUCCCCCCGAAGUGGACGCACAUUCAGGCUGACCAGUUCGAAUGGGAGCACCCCCGCAAGAAGAUCAAGUCAAAGUUCUCGCCCAUCAUCGAUGAGAACUGCAGGGUGCGGGUCAGCAAGCUGCUCCACCACAUGGUGGGGGAGGACCGGCACCGCAACCCGGUCUGGGCCGACCUCGAGGAUUUCUACGAGGAGCGCUGGCCGCCAAAUUUUGGCAAACCGCAGAGGGUGAAGGUGGACCCUGAGGGCUCGUGGAUGUCCAAGCAGGCCGCUGACUACUUCGACUCUGACUCCGUCGGGUACGAACCGAUUCCAGGACAAGCCCACUGGCGAGCCUCCCUUGUAGAAGAGGCGAUCCAGGCCACGAAAGGGACCAUGGACCGGCUUGUCGCGGAGAACCCCGAGAUGUCCACCGAGGAAGCCCUGGCCGGGGCGGUCGCAGCCGGGAGCGCUCGAGAAGAUGUCCGAGGCCACUUCCCUCUUCAAAGCGCCCUGGGAAGGGCACCUGACUUGGACGGCCAUUUCUUCGAGAGCGACUUCGGCGAGUUGCCCUGCGUCGAGGCCCAGCGCGUUGACCAGGAGCACGGUGAGAACUACGCGAGGAUGUACGCGGCAGAGCAGGAGCACCUGAGGCAGGUCUACAUGCGGCGCAUCAGCCGAGCCGAGAACGCGAAGAACCAGGCGCUCAAGUCCGCGGCGCCAGGCACGUGGGCGCGCUACUUCCGCAAGGAGAAGGGCGAGACCAAGGGCCGCUUCAAGGGGCUCGCGAGGGCGUUGGCCACAGAGACGGCACGCCCUGUGGACGGCGACCUGGGACAGAGCGAGGCACUGCACCCAGGGCGCCCGGGGUCAGUGGUCUGGCUGGUUCGGGCAGGCCGGAUCAUCAAGGUGGACCUGUGCCAAAUCCGAGCUGCCUCCGCCCGAGAGAUCGCGUGCGCCGAGCUCAUGGGAGGCAAGGGCGCCCCCUGGACCAUCAACACCUUCAUGAACCAGGCGAUGCGGCAGGAAUACCUGGACUUUUCCUUGCACGAUCCCACGGAGCACGAUGUGGAGUUCGCCACCUGGGAAGGAGUUCCUGAUUCAGCAUCAUAUCUGAAGAGGGUUCGCACGACAGAGCUCUCCGAAGACAAGGGCCCCCAGGUGACCCCAAGGGAUCGGCCUGCCCCUCCCGUGCGGAAGCAGAUCCCCAAGAAGGGGCAGCAUCCUGGAGGCGCUGCAGACCGGGCCAAGACGUCCAGGGCAGCAGUCGCUGAGAAGAACCUGAAGGAGCAGGCUGCACUCACGGCCAAGGCCUUGAGGCAGGCCACCAGGCACAUGGGCACCUACAUGGCGAGCCAACUGAGAAAAGGGAAACGCGAGAUCUCGGAGCGGAUCCUCACCCCGGACGAGCUGGACAGGUUCAACAAGGCGAAGGUCACCGAGGUAAACAACUAUAUCAUAUCCUCAGUCCUCGAGACCCUGCUUCCUGGAGUCACGCCGCCACACGAGGAGGUCAUGCGUAUGAGGUGGAUCCUGGAGUGGAAGAUCGACGAGAGCACGGGCGACAAGAAAGCAAAGGCACGGAUCGUGGUCUUGGGCUACAUGGACCCUGAGUACGAGCACCGCCCGACCAGAGCUCCAACGAUGACACGUACUUCCAGGCACCUGUUGCUGCAAAUGAUGGCGUGGCUAGGCUUCAAGGGGUACAAGGCAGACGUGACUGCAACCUUCACCCAGAACCGCGAGAUCCAGCACAAUCUGUUCGUGAUGCCCGUGAAGGAAUUGGCUAUACGGCGCUCGGACUACCCGAGGGCGCUCGCGGAGUUUGGCUGGGCCCAGAUGAAGAUGGACCCGUGCGUCUGGGUGCUGCACGGCGACGCGCACGGCCGGGACAACAACUUCACCAAGGAGGCGCUGCAAGAGUUCAUUGAUCCAGAAGUGCUCAACGAGCUGGUCGCAGCGAAGGGCGACCUCGACAUCGUGGCGGUCGCCGGGUCGCAUGUGGAUGAGUCCCUGCUGGGUGGCAAGGAAUCCGAUCCGCGAUGGGUCAAGGCUCGAGAACAUAUUCAAGGGCGUUUCAAGUGGAAGACGUGGGAGACUGAGGAGUUCAUGCAGACUGGAGUGAAGAUCAAGCAGCAGCCCGACAGGAGCUUCCGCAUGGACCAUAAUGACUAUGUGACAACCAUGGAGAAGGCCUUCCGAACUCCCGAGCGCAAGAAGAACAAGGACGCAGAGACCGCCGACAGGGAGAAAGGUCAGCUCAGAGCAAUCCUGGGGGCCGUCGGCUGGCGCUCUGAACAGUCUGGCCCAAUGCAUUCCGCUGACACAAGCCUGCUGUUGAGCACGGUCCCCUCAUCAACGGUGCAGACCAUCAACGAGACGAACCGGCUGGUCGACCGAGUGAGAGAGUGUGCUGGCCUGCCGCUGGUGAUCCACAGCCACUCCCAGGCCCAAGUGCUGGUGCCGAUAGAGUGGUCCGACCCAUCUGAUUCGAACCGGCCCGACGGGAAGUCCACCAAGGGCCUGAUUGCAGGCAUGGCCCCUCUGAAGAUCCUCAAGGGUGACGAGACAGACGUGAGCCUGGUGUCGUGGAAGUCGGGCAAGAUCGACCGAGGCCGUCGCAGCUCCGUCGCCUGUGGGACCCGGUCUGCGGUGGAUGCGGAGGACGAGCUGUUCGGCAUCAAGUUGCAGUGGCUCGAGAUGCUCGGCAACUCCAUCGACUGGCGUAACCCGGAGGACACACUGGCCAAGCUGCCAGGGGCCGUCGUGGUGGACGCCAAGGGCCUGUAUGACAAGCUCCAGACCACAGUCUACACCUUCCGUGGGAAGAAGAAGCGGACGGACGUGGGGGCGAUGUCGCUGAAGGAGGGGACCCAGGCCGCCAACAACUGGAUGCUCUGGGUCCAUGGCGAUGCUCAGCUGGCAAACUCUCUGACCAAGGGGCACGAGCCAGGGCAGCUGAGGAUGUACUUCAAUAGCGGCCCUCGCUGGAAGCUGGUCUACGACGCCAAGUACCAGAGUGCACGCAAGCGGAAGGCAGCAGGGAUCCUUCCAUUCGAGAAUGUUCCACAGGAGGUCGUGAGGAGCUCAGAGUCAUCGAGGGAGCCAGCCUCUGGAGCAGCAAAUCGGGAGCUUCCCGAUUACGAGGCCCUCUCGAGCGAGGAUUCAGACGAAGAUAACAUGCUCAGCUUGGAGGACCCUUAA